CCUCUGCGGCCGCCGGGGACAAAGAGAUGGCGGCCAACGCUGGGACGCUGCUGCUGGCUUCUGCGCUCUGCCUGGCGGCUGCGACUGGGGUGCUCUCGCAGUUUGCUGACCGCUACGUUACGGGUCACAGCAACUUCAAUGAAUCGCUCGCUACCUGCAACAAAACAUAUCCGAUUUCAUUGGCAACUCUGAUUCUACGUGUGAUGAACAAUGGCACAUUACCGGAUGAAACAAAUGAGAAGGCUCGGUGCUUUAUAGAAUGCAUGGAACGUCAGAAGGGAACGGUAAACACCGAUGGCACAUGGAACACAACGCUUGCAGAGCAGAUUGAGAUCGACAUCUCCAUAGCGCGUGGCAAAAACCACACGGAGGACAUCAGGAAGAUCAUGGAGGAGUGCACUACAAUGACGAGUUCUGGUUCCUGCAUGACAGUCUACCUGAUAAAGAAAUGCAUUGACAACAGAAUAACUGCCUUACGAGGACCGUUUCAACUUUAUAGACAUGAAUGAGGUUACAUUGACUUGUCAACCACUGUUAUAUCCGGCAUCAGAAAAUUGUUAUGUAGUUUCUCAAUAAAAAAAUGUAGACAAAAGUA